AUGUUGAGAAGAAAAGCAAUUGCUGGUUUAGGUGGGGUUCGAAAGUUUGGAACUAUACAGGCGGUUGCAGAUACGUUUACGCACUUACAUAGUGUUUCGGGUCUACCAUGGUUAGUACUGGUACCAGUUGCAACAUUUGGGCUACGAGCAACGUUGACCUUACCUUUGAGCAUAUGGCAGCGCAAGCGGUUAAUUAAGCAGCAGGAGCUUCGGAAGCUCGUGCAAGCCAUUCCUCCUGUGGUAAAGAUGCGCUUGGCAGCGGCAGUUAAUGAUGCUAAGGCAUCAGAAGCAAGCAACAGCUCGGGAACUGCAACCAAGAAAGUGGGCCUAAGUUCAACGGCAAGCUCUCUUACCCCUGAACAGAUAAGUUUGCUCUCGGUCAAAGAGAUGCGAAAGCGCCAGAAGGCCUUAUUCAAAGAAUACGGCGUUCAGCUGUGGAAGAAUAUGACAAUGCCAGCUAUACAGAUACCUCUGUGGGUCAUGAUGUCGCUUGGCCUGCGCCAUCUUACCAGCAAGUCGAUCAUAGAUGUCAAUCAUGUGGAGUGGCUGGGGACACUAGGGUCUAUGGACUUGAGUCUGCCAUUUGAUCAAAUGCCAAUGCUGCUACCUAUCGUUCUAGGAACACUCUCGAUGAUAAAUGUUGAGCACAAUGACAAGAUGCUACGAACUACUACUACCACUGCUCUAGGAAUCGAAACGGCGCAGUCGAAGGUUUCGAAGGUGUCUCACGCCCUCACAGGGAUCUUAAACGUUUCUAGACUCAGUUGUAUUUUCUUGAUCGCUAUCUCGUCGCAGACAUCGAUACUUCUGACACUGUACUGGAUAUCUUCACAGCUCUAUUCGGUUCUGCAAAAUGCCAUAUUAGAUCGAUUGUGGCCAUACCAAAAGUAG